GUAGUCACGUGACUUUAGGCGCACAACACGUGCGUGAAAGUUGUGUUUCAUGUGCUGGAGUUUCUCAUCAUGACGAGUAUUUAAGAAUAUUUAACAAUGAGUAGGUUACGUUCAGCGGUAUUUAAGAGCAAAAGAGCCCGACUGGAGRCGGAAGAAACAACAGUUUCGACCCGGAAGAGAUCAAAACCAGCAGUUAAAAAAGCUGUGUGUUUACCUGCAGAGAACAGCAUCAGUGCAGCCUCGUCCUCUUCCUACCACAGUUUCUGUGAUGCUGCAGAUGUGGAGCACCUUCGCUCUCAGCUCCUGAGCUGGUAUGAUGAGGAGAAGAGAGAGCUGCCAUGGAGGACUCUGGGUAUGAAAGAGUCAGACCUCAACAUCAGGACAUAUGCAGUGUGGGUUUCAGAAAUAAUGCUGCAGCAGACUCAAGUUGCCACAGUAAUGGACUACUACAACAGAUGGAUGAAGAGGUGGCCCACAGUCCAGGACCUUGCAGAGGCCACUUUAGAGGAAGUAAACCAGAUGUGGGCAGGCCUUGGCUACUACUCCCGGGGAAAAAGGUUGCAUGAAGGAGCUCAGAAGGUGGUGUCAGAGCUGAAGGGCCAGAUGCCACAGACGGUUGAGGACUUGCUGAAACAGCUGCCUGGUGUGGGACGCUACACCGCUGCAGCUGUUGGCUCUAUUGCACUCGGACAGGUUGCCGGAGCUGUAGAUGGCAAUGUGAUCCGUGUCCUGUGUCGCCUGAGGGCCAUUGGAGCAGACAGCACAAGUUCAGCAGUAACAGAGGCUCUUUGGAAUCUCGCCAAUUUGGUGGUGGAUCCAGAGAGACCUGGAGACUUCAACCAGGCCAUGAUGGAGCUAGGAGCACGAGUCUGCACCCMCAAAGGACCACAGUGCUUCAAGUGUCCUAUCCAGUUGCACUGUCGCUCGUACCACAAGGUUCAAGCCAAACAAGAAAACAAUUCUAAGAAGCUUUUGGGGAAGAUGGAGAGAAGGAUUCUAGAUCUUCCUGAUAUAGAAGACUGCAUGAACAGUGAGUCCUGUUUGUUGUGUCCUUCUGAGCCAUGGGACGAUGAGCUGGGUGUCCAAAACUUUCCCAGAAAGCCAGCCAAGAAGGCUCCUCGAGUGGAGCGAACUCUGACCUGUGUAGUGACCAGGUCUGGGGAGGAGGUGGACAAGGAGUUCCUGCUAAUACAGAGACCAAACAAAGGUUUGCUGGCAGGUUUGUGGGAGUUUCCCAGUCUUCAAGUGCAGGAGAAGAACUCUGAGGUGAAACAGAAGAGGGCACUGUGUAAUGAACUGAACAAAAUACUGAGAACCUGUUUAACUGAACGCCUCCUCCAGURUGUUGGAGAGGUCGUUCACAUCUUUUCGCACAUUCACCAGACCUAUGUGGUUUACAGUUUGUGCCUGACSGAGAGCGACACUCCAACACAAACUGAAAAAACACAGUGGCUCCGCAGGUCUGCUSUGCAGGAAGCUGCCGUGUCCACAGGACUGAAAAAGAUUUUGGAGCUGUUUGAUUCUGUGGACAGUUUAACGGGAAAAGUCUCAAAGUAUCUUAAAGUAUUAUGUUGAACCAAUUGUAUGAAAAAUUUUUGUUUUUUACUAUAAUAAAAUGAAAAAUAUCACCUUUGGUUCAGUAACAAUAAAUGCACCUAAGUA